AUGCUGAGACAAUUCACACGAAAUAAUUAUACUAAACUGGUGAAUCCAAGACAAUAUCUACGUUAUGGAAUUCAUAAUACAAUCUUAUCUGAAUAUUUUGGUAUUAGAACGAUUACAUUACCGAAACAUGAAGAACUACAAAAAUUCGUUGAUCAUAAAUCAUUCGACAGUUUGUCAGAAGCAAUAGUAUUUCACGAAAAUGCAUUGAAGAAAGGUGACAAUAUCAAAGGAUUUUUUACUAGUGAUCAGAACACAUUGAAAGCAGCUGCAAAAAUUCUAGUCAAUAAUACAAAUGAAAAGUUUCUCACUGAAUUAUUACUGACACCUCCAUCUCUAUCCACUAACGAACAGCGUUCACGUACGAUCACUUUCUCAUCAAUUGCAAACUUUCCACAACAUGUUGAUGAAUAUCAUAAGAAUAAGUCACAGACUGCAUUGCUUACUGUUGGUGGUCCAGCAGCGUUGGAUACAGCUGUUAUUGCUAGUUUAAUGAAUAAAAUAAAAUUAUCGAAGAUCAUUCACAUAUCUGGUCCUUUUAAAGAAAGUAAUCUUGCUCAUUCUGCUUUACAACUUCAUGUACGACAUGGAACAGCAUUAAAUGCUGAAUCUGAAUUAACAGGACAUGUAUUAUUAUUACCAUUUUUGAUUCGCAAUAUUAAAGGUUGUUCGAUCGAAGAUAGUUUACAUCCUGAUUUUCGAAAAAUUGACUUGAAAUUUUCUAGUCUCACUCCAGGAAAACUACGCAUCUAUUUAGGAAAUGAAUUUAAUUGGUUUUAUCAGAUGAUACGUUAUCGAUUGGGUUUAAUGACUGAACAUGAUCUAAAUCGUUUAGAAUCCGCAUUUUCUCAAGAUGUUUUACAUUUAAUUGAACGUCUCAGUAAAAUUCCACUUAGUAGUAAUGCUGAUAGAGAUCCUUCACAAUCAAUUUCCAUUCAUGUUGAUUUAACUCAUAUUGGAAGUGAAGAAACUAGUGCUAAUAACAAACUAAUUGAAAAAACUGUUGGUAUUAAAUCAGAGCAACUAUCAGAUCAUGAAAAAGAGUUUUUCUUCGGUGCUCAAAAUGCUAAUAUUAUACAAGCUACUCGCUAUCAUAACGAUGGUAGUUUAUUAAUGGAAGCUCAAUGUAGAAAACAAAAAAUUCUGACAGAUCAUGGUGGAAUAAAUCUUGAACAAUAUAUCACUCAUAUUCUUUUUGCAGAAGAUGAACUAACGAAUGGAAAAGCUCGACUAGCUGGUGUUAUUACCGAUAAUGAUCAAUUCAUUUAUGCUUCACAUAUGCAUUUAAGUCCAGGAUACAAAGCUAAAUUUCAAUUUGAUCAAGCAAGAACAAGUAGAUUUACUAGAAAUAUUUUUAACAAAAUGGAAAAUAAAUUGAACAUGAGUUCCCCUGUAUCUAGACAUCGUCUUACUGUUGCUACUGGUACUUCUAUCAAUGCACUAAUGCAUAAUAAUAGUCAUUUGAAGAAAAUUAUAGCUAAAUAUGGUAUUACUCCACAAUAUGCAGUAACCAAUAGUCACUGGACGAUGUUGGCAAAGAAUGAAACACAUAUUUUGAUGCGAAUAACAGGAGGUGGUAAUACUGGUUUGGAAGAUUACAAUCCGGCUUAUUUUCUUAAUCUAAUUGCUAAUACUGAACGAAUUUUUGGUCGUGAGACACUUCUUGGGAUUAUCUCAACUUAUGGAUGUCCACGUAGUAUUAAUGCACGCAAUUCUACAGAAUUCUUCAAAGCAGCUAAUGUACUUAUAUCCUAUGGCAAAGGUGGUACAGGAAAUACAAAGCGUCAUGCUGAAGCUAUUUUAGCAUUACAAGAGCUUGGUUUUACAAAUGAUGUUCUAGAUUUUCUUGAUCAACACGUUAACUAUAAAGAACAGUCUCUAUCGAAGAUCGCCACUUUUAUUCAUGAAAAGUGCAAAGAUAUGAAAUUUUUAAUAGAAGAUAAUGUGCAUUUCGAUCGUCGACUUGGUUACAGUCAUAAAUUAUCUUACAAUGAAAAGCUUGCUAUAACAAUUUGUUUAUUUGGUGUUUUGAUAUGUUUUGUUGGAACAGUCUUUACGAAAGAAGAUCCUGAUAUGAAUAUAAAUGAUAAAACUUUUGAUCAAUAA